AUCUGAUUAAUAAUCAUGAAACACGCAAGCACCGAUAUGGUAGAGUUCGUGUAAGUAGUCGUGACUCGGUUUCACUUGUUUAUCUCGAUCAGAAGCUGAAAAGUCGAGUCAUUCACGAACGGUUCAACGGAGUGGGGAAAGAGUGGCGCCCAGUUCUGGACAUCCAGUGUAUCAAAUUAAUCGCGAUACACGCUGCUUAAUUAUUAGUGGCGUAACGUGUAAGCAUGCCAGUACAAAUAACUCUUCGUUCGCUUCGGGAGCGAAUUUAAAAAUGAACGACGGGGGUGGUCGCCACUCUCGAAAGAAAAAUUACCUCCUAGUUGGUCCACCGUCAUAGUAAACCAUUGUAUCCUACCUCGUAUAGGUUUUCACAAUGAAAGGGUUAAAAUGACAUAAAUAGUUGAAUGAUUAGCAUUGAAACGAUGUUCACACAGUCGGCUGUUCAACAAGACAGCUACCUGAUUGACUUCUUUAACACGUGCCACUUAAUGGGUUCAAAGGAGCACACCCAUGCUCCAGUAGUAAGAGAAAUGGGUCGGAACGAAAAAAAUGCGCGACGAGGGAGGCGAGAGGGGAAUACGUUAAUAGUUUUCGAAGAGGUUCCGUCAGAAUAGCAAUUGCGUUCCAGUAUGAAAUACCGGUCGAAGGAGUACCUUUUGGAGAACACGUUGCAUGGUUUUCGAUAUUUUGCGGACCCAACUCGACCUAAAUGGGAAAGAAUAAUAUGGUUUCUUUUGACAUUGGCAUCUAUCAUAUCUGUUUUCGUUAUAAUCGUGAUUAUUUGGGACAAAUUUAAAACAGAGCCAACUAUAACAGGAUUUGAUACACUAACAGAACAUAUUACUAUAGACUUUCCUAAAGUUUUCAUCUGCUUCGGUUGGAAUCAAUUGAGCCAUUUAAAUUUACCAAAGAACGAAAUGUACAUAUACGAACAAUUAUACAAUUGGACCUGGGAGGAAACAGUUGAUUUUGGAUCACUAAUAACUACUUAUGGUAAUAAAAACAAUUUUCGUAGCAUUUUUGAAAAAAUGGUACCCAGUUGCAAUGAUAUGAUUAAAAAUUGUGCUUACAAAAAUGCAAAAAUACCGUGUAACGAGUUAUUUACACCAAUGCUGGUUACCGUGGGUGCAUGCUGUGUACUGAACACCGUGGAACCCCUUAGAAUUACAGAUUCUUCGUUGAGCCUUGAAUUUGAAGUUCUAAGCCUUCCUUUCAGGCUUUAUUUCACCGAACCCAACUUUUCAAGUCCACUGCCUGGCGAAAGACCAAUAAUGACAGCUUAUUUUCCUCUGGACCUUGAAUUUAUCCCCGACAUAACAUAUACGACCCCUGACAUUCGUUACUUACUUCUUCAUCAGCGAGAAUGUUUGUAUAAGCAGGAAGGUGCAAGUUUGGAUGAAUGCGAGAUCAAUUGUAUAAUCGACAUGAUAUUCAAACAAUGCAAUUGUUUACCAUGGUUCUUACCAUCCGUCGAUAAGGCAGAAUGUUCUUUAUCAAAGUAUUCCUGUUUAAGCGCCUGUGAUGUUGACUUGACUCGCUGUAAUUGUUGGCUUUCAUGCGACCAUACAUCGUACACCGUCCGAACUGUAACAAAAUCAGCCAGUAAUAUGAGCAAAAUUAUGUUAAGAAAUUGGGUAACAACUCUUUACAUAAGGCAAAUGCGAUUUGGUUUCUUGGAUUUACUUGUAUCGUUUGGUGGUAUUGCGAGUCUCUUUGUAGGAUAUUCCUUGCUAACAUCCAUUGAACUAGGAUAUUAUUUUAGUCUCAAAACUUAUUGUGGAGCUGUUAUUCAAUCGUCUCGAAAGCAGUAUAAUAUAAUAAAAGUUCAUGUAGUGGAGAAAGUACCUCCAAAAGUAGAUGUUAAUCCAAGAUAUUAUCAAUACAUCGAUUAAUUUUACGUGUGCGUUCAAUUGCAUCUAGUUAUGUUCCGAUGUGCAUUGAGUUUUCUCUAGAAAAUUUCAUUUUCGUCAAUAUAUCGAACACGUAGGGUUCCCUAGAUAAAAUGGAGAUAUGGGGGAAAGAAGCCUCUACCACUUGCUAGAUAUAUUUGAUAACGAAUAUCUUGAUUAUCAUUAAAAUAAUUGAUAAAUCUGUCAACACAUAAAAAUACAUAAUAUUUAAAUAAGUUUCAAUUACAAUAUUUAUUGUAUAGCUAAAAAAGUGAUGAAAAAAUGUCUGGAAAUGUUAUACACGAGUAGUGGGUAGUGGGGUCUCCUCCCCCAACGUCGCCAUUUUCCCUAGGGGAGGUUGCUGUGUUCGGUAUCAAAUUGCAUCUCAUUAAUUGUAAUCAUGUAUACCAACUAAAAUUCAACAAUUAUUAUUCUUAUCGUAUAGAUUAAUUUGUAUAAAUGUAUGUACUGGUUGGAAUCGAAUCAAAGAUUUUAUCUCCUGUAUGAUUUGAUAAAAAUAUCUCGUAGUGUAAUCUGAUUUGAUUGGUGAAGGAAAGUAGUAUAUAGCAAAAAAAAAUAGUAUUCUGAUAAAUAAUCCAUAGUGUUAUCUUAGCUUGUGUCACAGACAUUUGACUGGGUACGAAGGUGAAUAUAGUGAAAACACGCGUGUUCCGAAGCGCCACCUUGUUCAUUUCCGAUGUUCUUUUCGGAAUGGUUGAAACGCUGUGUUCGUGUUAAGAAAACGUGACCACGAAGAACGUCGUGUGGCGAUCGUGAUCAGGGGAACGAGUGUUAUACAUGAUAUUGCAUUACAUAUUGACGUAGAUUAAGGCUGUCGCGCAACGGCAUGCAGUUGUCGAGGUAAAUCGGUCGCAGUAACACGGAUACGAGAUUUUUCACGGUAACAGGAGGUAUCCGGGUGCCGGUACAUAUCAAUAUACGCGAGCACGAAGGAUUGGUUACUGAAAAAAUGGCGGCGGAAAUGCUAAGCAAGAAUCGAAUGAUGGUUUUUAAGAACAAAGGCAAAGAUCAA